AUGCCGGUUCUAAAGAACUCUUCCUACACUCCUCCUAUGCCACGAUGCCCAAAAUGCAGGGCUACCUUCACCGACGGGGGACUCCUUCGCUCUCAUCAGCAUCAAGCAGGCCAUUUGAUUUGUGGUUUGUGUGAGGUGUCGUUCCACACAAUUGAGGCCUUGCUCGCUCACCGCAAGGAGGAUCACAAAGCUGCCCAGGACCUCAGAUGCCCUGGUUGUACCAAGAACUUUACCACCACUAGCGGAUGGAUUUAUCACAUCGAGUCUGGCCAAUGUCAUGCCAUCUUUCCGUCGGAUAUAUCACAGGGGCUCGUCACGGUUAUGGAUGCCAUUGCGGAGAAUUUGAUGAAGACUCAACUCCAAGGCGAAGGAAACACUGACUUUUCCGGACCGUCCCACAUCACUGAUGCUUGGGAUGGCGAAUGGACGAACGACCCGAGCUUAGAUGCCCAGAAACAUCCCGAGAAUUUCCCAUCGCUUGUAAAGCAGAAGUCUCAUCUCGCGGUUCCGAAACAAUCGGACCCGCUCACCGGUGCUGGCGCCAAAAAUCUUGUGCAGCAACCUGGCAACGUCUGGGCCCAGAAGAAGAAUUUUUUCCCGGAGAAAGCAAAGGAGUCAGUUGUCACACCAACUCCUCAGCCAUCUUUCCUUGAGAGUCCGGGGGAGCCGGUUCUCUCUAGUCGACCCACCGGACAACGUAUCCUCGAUCCUGACCACGAAGACUUCAAUGUAGCAGCAUUCUGGAAUCCUAUCUUAGAGACUUACAAUUGCCCUCACAACAGUUGCAAUUCGAAGUUCAACCGCUCGAAAGGACUCAUAUCCCAUUUGAAGUCCCCUGCGCAUUCUGGCGUUCGGUUUAACUGUCCAGGCUGCAGAGCCGUAUACACGUCUGCUUUUUCGUGGGUCCAGCACGUAGAGACCGUCAGCUUAUCUAAGUGUCGUGUUAGAGAGUCGCGUGAAAUCUACGGAUACGCACUGAGGGAAAUUACUCAUGGCGCUCUAGACGUUGAUACACUUAGCGAGCUUCCUAACGCCACAACGAAGGUGAAGGUCGUGGAAGACUGGGCUAAAGCAAAAGGGCACAAGAAUGAUUUCGUGCCGGGAACGACUGAAUGGGCUGACGCUAAGAAGGCUGAGGCAUCUAAGGGACGCGCUUGA